GGAAGUUGAUGACAUGUAUCCACAUCACAUUGUCCAUAGAUAUAAAGGGAUAUCAGAAAGGGAAGUUGAUCACAUGUAUCCAUUGACCAUAGAUAUAAAGGGAAGUUGAUGACAUAUAUCCACAUCACAUUGACCAUAGAUAUAAAGGGAAGUUGAUGACAUAUAUCCACAUCACAUUGACCAUAGAUAUAAAGGGAAGUUGAUGACAUAUAUCCACAUCACAUUGUCCAUAGAUAUAAAGGGAAGUUGAUGACAUGUAUCCACAUCACAUUGACCAUAGAUAUAAAGGGAAGUUGAUGACAUAUAUCCACAUCACAUUGACCAUAGAUAUAAAGGGAAGUUGAUGACAUGUAUCCACAUCACAUUGACCAUAGAUAUAAAGGGAAGUUGAUGACAUCAUUAGAGCAUGUAGACCAGACCACCUCACAGGAAGUGAUGUAACGGUGGUGUUGUUGUAGAUACUGAGCUGUCUAGAGCACAUGUACCAUGACCUGGGGCUGGUCAAAGAUUUCGACAUCAACCCCAUCACCCUCAAGCGCUGGCUGCUGUGUAUCCAUGACAACUAUCGAAACAACUCCUUUCACAAUUUCCGCCACUGCUUCUGUGUCACUCAAAUGAUGUACAGCAUGAUCCACCUGUGCAGUCUACAGGAGAAGUUCACUCAAGUUGACAUUUUAAUUCUGAUGACUGCUGCUGUUUGCCACGACUUAGAUCACCCUGGAUACAACAACAUGUAUCAGAUUAACGCACGUACGGAGCUAGCGGUGCGGUAUAAUGACAUCUCUCCUCUGGAGAAUCAUCACUGUGCCGUGGCCUUCAACAUCUUCUCUCAGGCGGACUGCAACAUGUUCUCACACUUCGACCCUGACACCUUCAAACAGAUACGGCAGGGUACCAUCACUCUAAUCCUGGCCACAGAUAUGGCUCGUCAUGGGGAGAUCCUGGACUCCUUUAAGCAGAAGGUGGAUAUCUUUGACUUCACCGACGAGGAGCACCUGACCUGUCUCAAGAUGGUUCUGAUUAAAUGCUGUGAUAUCUCCAAUGAGGUUCGGCCCAUGGAGGUGGCUGAGCCGUGGGUCGACUGUCUCCUGGAAGAGUACUUCAUGCAGAGUGACCGUGAGAAAGCAGAGGGGUUACCUGUGGCUCCCUUCAUGGACAGAGAGAAGGUCACUAAGCCCACUGCUCAGAUUGGCUUCAUCAAAUUUGUACUCAUUCCCAUGUUUGAGACCGUCAUGAAGCUCUUUCCCCAGAUCGAGGAGCUGAUGGUUCAGCCGCUGAGGGAGUCCCGUGAUCGAUACGAGGAACUCAAACAGAUCGAUGACGCCAUGAACGAGGUGCAGAAGAAGAAGACUGAGAAUCUGACUGUGAAGAAGAAGAAGUGA